AUGGUAUUGGAGGCCAUUGAUGAAUUCGAUGAAAUGUACGACGCUGAAUUUAUUAUAUGGUGGUAUACAAGGGAAGGAUUUUUGUAUCGUCGCCUAAAUAAAGCACUUCGCCAACAGAAUUGUGACGCUUUAAUUCCUAUGCAUUUUAUUAUUGUUGAUUUAUAUACGGCAUUGUGGAUAGAUUGUGAAAAACUUAAAGAAACUGAAUGGACUGUUCAAGUUUAUCGUGGUCAAUUAAUGUCAAAAGAAGAAAUUAGCAUAUUAAAAGAAAACACAGAUUAUUUACUAGCAGUUAACAGUUUUCUAUCGGCAAGUGUCGAUAGGGAUUUAGUAUUAAUAUUUUCUGGAUCUUCUUCAAACUGCUUAGAUGAAGAUGUACAAUCUGUUCUACUUCACUCGACUCAUUUUCCUGACAGCAAUGCUUCGAAACUAUUAAUACUAUCCAAUGCCAUUACAACGCCUGCUGCUAAUAAGAAAGAGAGAAUGCGAGUGGAACAAGAAUAG